AUGGCAGCCUCAAACAGUUCCGAUGAAGGUUUGGGGCCAUCCAUUCCGAAAUCGCCCAUCCCUAACCGUCUACGACCGUCCCGUUUUCGGGUGAAGAGUCUCCUUGGUCGUCCCUGGAGUUGGGUGUGGUCCAAACUGUCCCCCAGUGCAUCUCGUCCUAGAAAACCUCCGUCGGUCACCCUCCAACUGGAUAGUCAUGCCCUGUCGAGACCCUCCCCUCCUGACCGUCUCCGACCCCCAUCUCCACGCCCAAGUCUGUCCCAUGGCCGGUAUUUGAUAGCCCCGAGAGUCACCGCCCAAGAAUUGGGGAUGCUGAAUGGGCCUGGGGCCUCAUCGAGGACCAGCAUAGACCCCUACCCGGUGUUUACCAGCAACGGUGCAUCGCCCUCAGACCAAACCACCGCCUCAACGACGCCUUUGCGGCCUUCUUGUCCCGGUAGCCCCAGACGGUCACUGGAUGAAGGCGGAACCGCUGUCUCUCGACCGUGGGAAGACGCCCCCAGAGCCAACGAUGAUGGAAGUAAGGGCGAGAAGUUCCAGCGCAACGUCUAUUUCAUCGGUGAGGAUCUCGGCAAGAUACCGAUGCGGAUGUCCAUCGAUACACAGUCGCGUUUCAGCGUGAUAGCCAGGGACAAGGCCGAGAAACUGGCGUUGGCCAUGAAGAAGUGCGAGGAAAUGAUAUGCCCUUUGACCAUCGGGUCCCAGAAGAACGAGGCGCCAGUUGAAGGGAUGGUUGAGGCCGAUUGGCACUUCUUCAACGGGGAGGAAACAUACACGACCACUUUUAGAGUCGUCGAUAUGACGGACUUUGAUGUCCUCCUUGGGCGCGAUGACAUUGCAGAGCUUGGACUUGUGCGGCUCAGCAAGGCUGUUCCCUAUCAAGAAGGAGUGGUGCGGCGCCCUGGGCGCUAA